AUGAAUUCUGGGGGAAAUGCUCCUCUGGUUUUUGAUGAUUCUGCUAGUUUAGAUCCUUGGAGUUUUGAGCAAAAGAGAGAUGAGGUACCAUUCAAGUCCGUUUCACCAUUACGUUCUUCAUCAGUGCAGCACUCCCUCCCCAUCUUUUCUGAAGGUUUGACAGGUUCUACAGUCCCUUCGGAACCAAAUGACUUCGUGCCUGUUACUUUUGAUGCUUCAGAUGGCCCAAGUUCAGACAGUGAGGAGGAGUUGGACACGUCUAUGCUUGUCCUGAGCAAAGAUUCUAAAUUUUCUCAUGAGAAGACUGUUCAAUCCAUAAAUUCGGGAAAGAGCCAGAGUGCAAGCCACAGGUCAUUAGCAUCUUCAUCCUCUGAUGAGGUACAUCCUGAGAGAACCCCGGGAAUUGAAUAUAGUGUUUUCUCAGAUAAAAGGUUUGAUGAUGAUGAAUUGCCCGGCAGUGAACCAUCUCCGAGGCUGAAAAAAUCUGGAUUAGAUACAAGUGCCAAGGAUGAUUUACCUCAAACAGUGAAAGACAGUGAGGAAUGUAGUUGUGUAAGUGAUACUGACAAUGAGUUGUUGGCCUUUGGGGUCUUGAAAGGUGGCCUUCGGAACAAGGGUUAUAGGCAUCCACCAUAUAAUCGGAAUCCAUCAGGCAAUGCUUUUUUGGGCAAACAAAUUACUCAAGAUACUCCAACAGUCAGGACUUCCGAUGUUUCUCAUACGUCUAUUGAAGAGCCAUAUAGCCGGAAAGGGAGCACUAAGCUAAAUAAGGAACAAAGCACUAAAACCCCAGUCACACAUGUCACUGCUGAUGAUGAUUCUUCAGAGGAUGAACUCUCACAUGAAACUCUAAGCAGUAGUCGCCAAGACCUGUACAAUCAGAAAUCGGUCUCUCGAGUAGUACAUGAUGAUUCUUCAGAGGAUGAACUCUCACAUGAAACUCUUAGCAAUAGUCGCCAAGACCUGUCCCAUCAUAAAUCGGUAUCCCAAGGAAAGACGAGCUCAACGUCUGCAUUUUUCUUUAAUUCAGAGGAUAGUGAGGCUGAGGAAGAUGUUCCUAUAAAGAUUUCCACCACCAUUGCUCGUCCAAGUUCAAAAUUUUCUAGAAGGACACAACCCUCUUCUUCAAAUUCUGUUAGAAGUUCUAGCAUAAGGACAACAGUUGUUCCUGAUGCACCAAGGACUUCAGACUAUGGAAAAUCCUCUUCAAGAAGUUCCAAAGACGCUGAAACUCUACCAGAGCCCUCAAGAAGUCAGGAUUGGCAGAGACCUAUAGAACAAACAAGUUCUUAUUCAAUUCCAGAAUCCAAGAAGACUGGGACAUCAGUCAAUGGAAAUUCCUCCUCAAGAAGUUCUUAUUCCACUGAAACUCCACCAAGUGCCUCAUCCCAGACCAAGCGCUCAGAACGUUUGGCAAGUCAGGAGUGGCGUAGACCAGUAGAACAAGCAGCACCUAAACCAAUACCAGAAUCUAAGAGGUCCUCGCGUGUGGAGAUUUCAAACUCAUUUGCAAGGGAGGAAUCAUCCAAUACUACAAUGACUAUUGAAAGAUCAGAAAGCAGCGAAAGUUCAAAGUCCUCGGGUUUUAAGUCAUUUGCAAGAGACCAAUCGUCCAAUCUUCCUGCAAAGGUUGUAAGAUCACAGAGAAGUGACCCUUCAAAGUUCUCUCCUCCAAAGUCAUUUACAAGGGACCAAACUUCCAAUCCUCCUCCAAAGAUUGUAAGAUCAGAGAGCGCUGAAACUCCGAAGUCCUCUUCUUCAGUGGGGAAGGCUUCUCAUGUCCACCUGAAGCUUCCCGACUCUGAUGACUUGUUUGCCAAGUUUACAGCCCUCAGGCAGAAUCGACAAUAG